AUGUUUCCCCCCCCCCACAAUGUUGGCAUCCCUCGCUUCGAAAUCAUUGAAUUUGUUAAAGUUGAAGAUGACUUAGCUGAAAUUCUUGAGCUGAGCCUUCCUCAGGACAAGAGCAGCCAAUCCGAAGAAGAAAUAUUACAUCUCGUUUUCAAGCCAAACAACAAGAAAAGGCUCUCAGUUCCAGAUGAGGAGUGGGAGGACGGACAUUACAUUCCAUCCGCACCCCGUUCAGAGUAUGAGUUGGACGAUGACGAUAUUGUGAAGUAUUUGGAGUUUGAAGACUUGGACACAGAUGAUAGCUCCAGUGACAAAGAAAAAACUAAGGAAAGUGUAAACAAAAGGAAAGAAACACCGUUUGCUUCAGCAAAACAGCUGUUUAUGGAACUAGCAGUCUUUUUUGACCAAAGCGGAUAUGAACUGUUCAUGCCGCAUCUCAAGUCUGAGGAGAAACUUGUUGAUCUAUUGCUGGGUUUCGUAAACCAGAUGCAAGCUUUGUACCAACAACCGGCCCUCAGCAAGAAAGUCCAAAUAAGUCUCGUGCGACUGGAGGUAAUGAAGAUACAACCGAGUGAUUUGCCUCAUGCGGAUGGUGAAAGGGACAAAUUAUUGGAUUCUUUCUGCAGCUAUCAGGCCAAGAAAAAUCCAGCUUCCGACAGCGAUCCCAAUCACUGGGACAUCGCUCUUUAUAUCUCUGGGUUGAAUUUUUAUUCAAUGGAAAAAGGAAAGAAGAACGGUGUUACAAUGG